AUGUUUCUUUCUGUAGAAGAUAUUAACCGUCAAUGUCCUAGAGCAGUCAAUCCUAACGACACAAAUAAUUGGGAGACAUUUCCUUUUGAUGAUAAUUGCUUAAAAUCAUUUUUUCAUAAAUUAACUGCACACCUUCGGCGUUAUUAUAUUUGGGAAACAGCAGUUUAUACUUCUUUUUAUGUUUUAAUUUCGAUUUGUGCAAUAAUUGGAAAUGGAUUGGUAAUUUUGGCUGUUGUUAGAAAACCAGCAAUGCGAACAGCAAGAAAUGUUUUAAUUGUUAAUUUAGCUUUAUCUAAUUUAAUGUUGGCAUUAACUACUGUUCCAUUCCUUUGGCUUCCCUCCAUUGAUUUUGAUUUUCCUUAUUCCAAUUUUUUCUGUAAAUUUGCAAAUGCUUUACCUGGCUCAAAUAUUUAUUGUUCUACAUUAACUAUUUCUGUAAUGGCCAUUGAUCGUUAUUAUUCUGUACGUUCAAUUAAAGUUGCCGGCCCUUCAAGUAGAUCAGGAAAUUGUGUUCGGGCACUCUUAAUCUCCGUCCUUAUUUGGGUUCUUUCUCUUCUACUUUCGUUCCCUUUACUCAUUUAUUAUCAAAUCAACAUGCUUUAUGUAUUUAAGGAUGUUUAUGUAUUAAAAGAGGAAAGUUCAAAACCAGAAGGAAAUUCAACUCUCGUAGAAUUAAAAAGUUAUGGGUGGAGACAAUGCCGUUUAACAACUACGAGUGAUACUGUUGGGGGACACGGAACUUUUAUUCAUCAUGAUGAGGGGAUAGUUAAUGAAAGGAUGUUAGGAAUGUCCUUAAUGCAAGCAUUGAUGCUUUACGCUGUCCCUCUUGUUGUUCUCUUAAUUUUUAAUCUUAAAUUAACACGAUUUUUGGAAAAGAAUUCAAAAAAUAUGAAUAAUCGUUUACCUAAAAUGUCUGUUUCUGCAACACAACAAAAUAGAGUUGAAAAGAUGGAUCGUCGAACAUCAGAUAAUGAGUCUUUAAGUUGUGCAGAAAAACUUAUGGAAAAUUCAGAUGGACAACAAAAAGGGGUAAAUAGUACAAAAUCUGGCAGCCUUGUGUCUGGAGUAGCUGUUGCUUCUUCUACUACAAAUAAUUUAAGAAAGAGUUCUGGAGGGGCUUUAAUUAACAAUCAACAGAAAAGAAGAAAUAAAACAACAUCCCUUUUAUUUGCUAUGGCUGGGUCUUAUGCAUUUUUGUGGUUUCCAUUUACUUUGAUAUCUGUUCUGAUUGAUCUUGAUUUAAUGGUAAAUUAUUUAUGAGAAAAAAAUUAUUCAUCAGAACAUCUAGUAAAGAUGCCCCCAAAUCCCCAAUAAUUUUUUUAAGUUGCAGAAGGUGAAG